GUCCGAUCCUCGAAAACGAACCUAUCAAACCGCCUUGCUUCAAUCCCAGAACUAUCAUUUAACAUUGAGCUGUGAACAACACCGGAAACCUCUUUCAGCAUCGCCCCCCAAAAUGACCACUUCACGAUUCUGUCUGGCCGUUUGCCUUACCGUGGCCGUCGUUUUGGCCCUGGUGUCCGGCGCCCAAAGUGAGCCCAGCAAAGCCCUGCCAACGUUGAACGGCAUCAAAGGGAUGCGGGCGGCGUCCGACCUCGCGGACAACCCGGCGACCCGGCUGGCGGCGGCCAUUGCAGCAGCCAAGGCCGCCAAGGAUCCGGCAGCCCUGAUGAACGUCCUGUACCUCUGCGCCAACGUGCUGUCCGUGUUGAUCUACAACCCGCCCAACUAUCUGCUCUUCGAUCAGCUGGAUUCGUUCUUCUACAUUAGCGAGCUGCUGCCCCAGGAGUACCAACUGAACUAUGUCAAACGGAUGUAAGCGAUGAAUAAAAUGUAGAAAAAAGAUGUUGAUGAAAUGGCUACAA